AUGGCCGACGAAUCUCUCUCCAUCUACGACGAAGUCGAGAUCGAAGAUAUGACUUUCGACCCGAACCUCCAGAUAUAUCAUUACCCGUGUCCAUGUGGCGAUCGGUUCGAGAUUGCGAUUGCGGAUCUGCGCGAUGGAGAGGAUAUUGCGGUGUGUCCGAGUUGUAGUUUGAUGGUGAGGGUGAUUUUUGAGGUGUCUGAUCUACCGAAGGAUGAGGAUAUGAAGCCGGCUGAGGGUGUUGCGGUGCAGGCGUAG